AUGCACCCACAAUCCAUUUGUUAUUUGUUCAACAAAAUCUCCUUCUCCAUCAAAGCAUAGAAAUAGAUCAUGAACUCUAACAAGGUGGUUUUCAAUUUAGCAGAUGUCUCUCCACACAACAAUAAUAAAGAUUGUUGGGUCAUUAUCAACGCGAGGGUGUAUGAUGUUACAAACUUCUUGAAUGAUCAUCCGGGUGGAGAUAACGUUUUGUUGGAUGUAGCAGGUAAAGAUGCAAGCGAUGAGUUUGAGGAAGUGGGUCAUGGGAGUGCUGCAAGAUUGAUGUUAGAUGAGUAUUAUGUUGGAGAAAUCAAUCAUGUAGAAGUAGAACCUCUUUAUGAUAUUUCCAAGAAGAUGGCUCCUAAAUAUAAUAAAAAUGCCAAAAAACAACAAACCAUCACCAAGGAAGACAAAGGAUUGGGGAUAAAUUUCACAAUGAAGUUCAUUUUGCUCGUUGUAUCCACAACAAUCCUCGGAGUAGCUAUUGGCUUUUUGUUGUACAAGUGA